UUGAUUACUUCUAUUGUAAUUUUAUCGAGUAUUACUCAGUCUUAUUCAUUCCAGUUUUUGAGUAAUACACUAACAGAAUCUCUCAUUCAGUCUCUGGAGAGAGCUAGAUGAGAGCUUCCUUCAAUAUUUACAAUUUAUUUCAACUGACGAACAAAAUAAGAUGGCGACUGGUAAAGCACCUUGCAUUACUUUGAAUAACGGUAGGAAAAUGCCACAAUUAGGCUUGGGAACUUGGUUGUCCCUAGAAGGCGAAGCCAAAGAAGCCAUAAGAUACGCCAUAGACAUCGGCUACCGCCACAUUGACUGCGCCAUGCUGUACGGCAACGAAAAAGAGGUCGGAGAGGCCAUAAGAGACAAAAUAAACGACGGCACAGUCAAACGAGAAGACAUCUUCAUCACCACCAAGCUUUGGAACACGUUCCACGAAUAUGACCAAGUGGUGCCAACUUGCAAAAAGUCCUUGGAGAACCUGGGGCUCGACUACGUCGACCUCUACCUCGUCCAUUGGCCUGUGGCCCAGAAACAGACCGAGAUGGACCCAAGAAAACCAUUUGGGAAGACAGAGGUCAUCAAGCACGAUUUUACAGAGACUUGGAAAGGCAUGGAGGAGUGUGUGAAGUUGGGUUUGGCUAAAAGCAUUGGGUUGUCUAACUUCAACAGCAAGCAGGUGUUGAGGAUCUUGGAUAUGGCUAAAAUAUUACCUGUUACCAAUCAGGUGGAGGUGAACCCCCAUCUCAACCAGAAGAAGCUGACAAAGUUCUGCAAAGACCGCAACAUUGUGAUCACAGCUUAUAGCCCUUUCGGGUCUCCAGCAAGAACUUGGGCCAAACCAGGUCAACCGGAGAUAGCUUUUGAUCACCCUACCUUUGUCAAAAUAGCAGAAAAGCAUGGUAAAACUUCUUCGCAAGUUAUUCUUCGCUACUUGGUUGAUAUAGGGAGUGUACCUAUCCCGAAAUCAACGAAUAAGGAGAGGUUGAGGCUGAAUCUGGAUAUUUUCGAUUUUAAAUUGGAUGAUGAGGAUAUUGCAGCUAUAGAUGCGAUGAAUAUGGAUUAUAGGGCCGUGCCAGCCCUGGAUCUGAUGGAGUCUGAUGAAUAUCCGUUCAAGAACGUGGAAUUUUGAAGAGUAUGUUAUUGAAUCUAAUCUUGUUGUUUUUACUUUUUAUCUGUUUAUUGAUAAAAAUUUAGUAUGCUUUUUAACUUGAUGUUAUCGCACUUUUGUAAAAUAAAUAUAAAAUGAUUGAAAUAUC